AUGGCAUGCACAACUGAUGCUCGGCGCAAGUACGGCAACGGUAAGGAAUACAGUAACUUGAAUUGCAACCAAGAUGUGGCCUUAUUUCAAGCAAUACAACACGGGCGGGUGAACACUGUUGAGGGACUAUUGAGAACAAACUUUUCAGCUUUUGAUAUAGGGUUCGGCGUCUCUGGUAGUCCAUCUCGUUCGACUCGGCGCGAUAGUGAAGAAGCGGAACUUCUUCUAAAUAAGACCAGGACAUACAUUGCUAGUUUGCAAACUAAGAUUCAAUCUCCAACCCAUUCCGAUUACGAAGACAAAAGAAUCGCAGCUACUUUCAAAGCUGCGUUGCAUUUAGCGGUAGAAUUUGGAUCCACUGAAGUUGCUAAACUCUUGUUACAAAAUGGAGUUGACGCCAAUGGGCAGGGGAGAAUUGCGAUUAAAGGCAGGGAUAUGUAUACGGCUGUCACACAAUCAUUUGGGAAAAACGACACCACCGAACCGACGAAAACAAACAGUGAUAUUCACUGCAUUUUAGAAUUGUUGGCACGUAUACACCAACCUCCAUUAUUCUUGGCUGUUUCGAAAGGAAACGUAGAAAUGGUACACCUACUGCUUGAUCACGGUGCUGAUGUCAAUAGCAGGAACUCUCUUGAUAAAACUCCACUGCAUAUCGCAGCCGAGGCAGGUCCAGAUGGCCACGCAUGCGCAGUUAUUUUGAUAGAAUAUGGCGCGUCUAUUCACGUGCACGACAUAAGCGGCAGAAGUGUUAUGGAUAUUCGUCCCGAGUUUCAGACGAUGCAACAAUGUAAAAUUGAAGACGCUAUUCAGUUCUUUGAGGUCAUAAUGAAUUUUACUGCAGAGAAAACGGCUGUUUUUGAACAUUUAAAUGAGUGGUUCCCUAUGGUGGAACCAAAAAAAUAUUUCCCUAAGAUGUUGAGUAAUUUUAGUAAUUUUUCAAAAACUAACAAAGAUAGAUCGAGUAAAGAAAGAAGAAGUGCUUGCAGAAACAGGCAACCUGAGUAUGGUACCGAUAACUCUCGUGGGAAAACCCGCAGAGAAAGUAAAGAGAGGAACUUAAGUUGGUUUGAUAAGCGAAAAACAUCCCCUGACGCAAAUUGUGAUAUAGAUUCCAUCAGUCGUACAAGCUCAAUGGAGGACCCAUCUCCAGGACAACACUGCCGAAGGCAGAGUUCCGAUAAAAUUCCUGACUCCGAUGAUGAGCAUAUACCACACGCAGAACAAAGUUUAAUACGAUUACAGCGCCUUGCCACCAAUCCAGAAUGUGUGUUUCGGAUACUAUCUGACCUACUGCACUGUAUUCCAGGCAUGAUUGUAUUGUCUAAUACUAUCAUAGGCUCCGACAUUACUAGGCACGUCAGUAAAGUUCUUAAUACGCUAUUACAGACGUGUGCCAAUGUUGAUGAUAAUGCAAUGCCAAGUACACUAACAAUCGAUGAUAGUCAAGAACACAAUUGGCGUCAACGAUCGCUAUGUAUGUUGCUACAUUGUGCACUGGAGUUUAUGUCUGGAUCAAACUUAUCAUUGCAGUUCACAGCAUUGACAAUUAUCAACAAGGUUAUUCAAUGUGAUGUUUCGUAUCGGCGGCAUCAGAAAUCCAAUGAAUGUUCAAAUAAUUCGGAUAGACCUUGUGUGAACUCUUGCAAAUCUGCUGAAUACCAGGAAUGUGGCAAUACCCUCUUCUGUGAACAAAUAUUUCGACCAGAACUAAUGUUUACUCCUACAAGCCUGAUGAUUACAAGGAAUGUAGCAAUGCCUCCUUCUGCAAUAAGAUCGCCUAAGUAUGUGUUCCGGUCGAAGACUUUCUCAGGGGCUAAUAUUAAUACAGACCGCCAGAAGGAAGUAUCAGUGAGGACCCCUUUGAUUCCACGAGAUAGAGAUGACAUAUCUAUUGGAAAGAAAAAUGGUGCUAGGAAACUAUUUUUGUCAUCUCGAUGGUUGGAAGCCCGGCAUUCUUCAUCUGGAAUACGGGCAUCCUUUAGAAGGAAACGAAAAAUAAUGUCAAUGGCAGAUAGUAAAAGUACGGAAAGUAUUAAUUCGUAUUGUGGAGUAACGCCAAUACAGACUCUCGAAAGAUGCGAUCCUUCAAUUUUUAUUCAUAUUUUACAUAGUACAACUGUACCACAGGGAGGUGCCGUUGCACCACACAAUCAUCGAAACCAGGACACCGUUGAGUUAACCGAGUGUCCCUUCAACACCAUACAGUUACUGUGUGGUAGGGCAUUAGCACUAGCCGCCGUGCAUGGAAAAAUACAGCAACAGCUUAUAACAAAAGGACAUUUAAGAAGGUUGCUGGACAUAAUCACAGUCACAACUAAUCAACAUUUACAGUGUUUUCUGCUCCACGCCGUUAUGACAUUAGCAACUGAUCCUGAACGUCACGAUGCGCUCAUACUGUCUGGAGUACCACGAGUUAUGAGAACGUUAUUGUCGCCGGCUGUGAGUGUUACUACUUCAGAUGCAAAAUGUAGAGCCUAUGUCAGAUGGCUUGCCACGAGGAUAAUGGUAUACAUUGGCAAAUUUCAGUAUAAGUCGGAUCGAUCCUUCAUGCACAUUAUCAAAGAUAAUGAGACUUGUGUAAAUAUCAAAGAUGGAACAUUGAGUGUAGCUACAAUCGAGUUCCUUAUCCAGGGUAUUUUGAUAUCAGACAAACAGCCUAUGGGUGAAUUUACUGACACGAAUCAUGUUACAGAGAACAUUGACCUAAAUCUAAAUGAUCUGUUUCCUGAUAAGUUUUGUGACACCUUGCUCUCUGUUCUUCCCACCUACUUGCACCCAGUCAUCAUCCUAAGGCUGUUGAUGCAUUCCAUGUGGACUCUUGGUUCUAAAUCACACAGCAUGAUGAAAGAUAAAGCCACCAGUGUGACAAACAAUCACACAGCUGCUGUACAUUUAUCAAUGAAGUGUGAUGGUAUAAGUGAGUUUUCAGAAAGCAUGACGGAAAAUGAAAAUGGUAAAGGUGUAACUGUUGAUUGUGAUGCAAUACACGAUGUGCAACGAAAGGUGUUAACAAUAUUAGAGAAAUGGAUCAGCUCCUAUCCUUCUGAUUUUGAAGAUAAAAAUACUAAAAAGGAAAUUGUUCAUUUGAUAAGUGAUCUUGAAAAACGAGAAGAUGUUUACCGUCAAUGGGGCAACAAAUUGAACUCUUUAGUAAUCAACAUCAACUCUGAUAGAAAACGACUGGGGAGGGAGGAUAGUGGUUACCAAGAUACGGAUGAAGAUGAAAACCUUAAUAUGAUGUACACAAAGCUCCAGCAAUUAAUAGUGAGUGGGGAGAUUCCAUGUCCUCAAGAAGAGGCCAUCAAUUUAGCUGGCCUACAGUUGAAUAUCGAAGAGCUGUGGGAAUCCAAGAUCAAGUCAGAUGAAGACAAAUCUACACAGGACGAAAACUGCGACACUGGAGGAGACAAGAUGAGGGAAGGUGUGAGGCAUUUUGCAACGGCUGAUACAUCGUUAAUUGAUGUUGAAUCAAGUGAGAGCAAUGGCAAAUCAAGAGAAAGGACAGACUUUGUGAAUGAAAUGUUGGAAGUAAGUCCGGUUAAACAACGCAAACAACCUGCUGCUAAAUCAGGAGCAUUCCAUUUGCCAUGCCAAAAUACAGCUAGAUCAAAACAGGACGAGUUACUGUCAUAUAGUCGAUACUUAGGCUGGGAGAGCAGCCGUGAGAAGGCGAGAGUGUUACGCGAAAAAGCCAAAGUGAAGUCAAUUGCUUUAAAGAAAGAUAAACUGCAUGGUUAUUUACCACCAGGCUAUAUUGAAAUUAAAAAUAUUGCCAAACUUGUGAAACGACAAUAUCAUAAAUAUGGCGAGUUGAUGGGAAUGGAAGCUGACCAAGUUAGUGCUGAACGACGUGCAAAACAAAUAUAUGUGCGCAUGUGUAUGGAUUUGCCUGGAUAUAACUGUAAAGUGUAUUUCGUCAAGGAACUUUUUGGAUCAAAGUUUUCUAAGACGGCUCAGAGGUUACUCUGUAUCAACUCAGGAAUCAUAUCAUUGUUAGAUAACAAUAAAAAAACAUUGUCCAGUAGCAUAUCUAUGAAUGAAUUGCUUGAUUGGCGUGUUGAUGAUGCUGGAGGAGGCAGAUCAAGAGACUGUUUAGUGUUACAAUUUCGCACAAAUCAAUGGACGUUACAGACACCAUCAGCAUCAUCUCUGAAAGCCAUUACAACAACGCUGAGGGACACGAUGAGGUCUACUAACAAAGGAAAAUAUGACAGCUCUUCAAAAGAAGAGGAUAAAAACAACCAGAAAUCCAAGCAUUCCAAGACAUAUGCUCAAGAUUUACAACAAUGUGAGAAACUUCUUCAUUUCCCGGAAGAAGUGGCCUCUCUGCUUACAAAUACUGAGUAUGACUUGUUCAAUAGUAUACCUGCCGUCUACUACAUCAGACAUGUAACCACUGAUGUAACACGUAAAGGGGUUGCCAGGACUGAUAUAAGCCCAACAGUACAAACAUUGGUAGACAGAUUUAAUGAGGUUAGUUUGUGGGUAACAAAUACAGUACUAUGUGCACCAAGUACAGAAGAUAAGAAAACAGUCAUUUCAAAGUUAAUACGGAUAGCCAAUGCAUGUUGGAAUAUUGGCAACUUCAACGCUGUUAUGGAAAUAAUAUCUGGGCUGAGACUGGACUGGCUGAAACCACUUUGGCUACAAAUGCCAGAAUCAGAGAAGGAAUCUGUGAGAGCAUUGAGGGAAAUAAUGAGGGAAGAUGCUAAAGACUAUCGUGAGGCUGUUGAAAGAGCUUUACAUACUCCUGGCUGUAAAGUAGUGCCAUAUUAUGGUUGGUUUGUGCAAGAACUUAGAAAUAUACUCAAUGAAAACAUGACUGUUAUAGCAUUACCUUUGUAUAAUGAACACAAGAUUGAAUAUAUCUCAGAGUAUAGAGGAGAGGAUAAAUUCUUGUCCCGUGUGGGUGUCGGUGGAAUCAUAAACACAAUCAAGGUGAAACAAGCCCAUUGGGUGCUACAUGAUAUACAACUAUGUCAACAGUCGCUACACACUGCCAUUACAGAAAUAGAUGCUCGAGAUGACAAGUCGUCUGUGGAUCUGAAUGAUAAUUUUAUUGAAAGCUGUGAGCCGAUAUCACAGUCUGAUUGCCCGAGUCAUCAGGUGCAAGUGAUAUGGACCAAGCUAAGCGGUUUAGACAUGCACUCUCUACACUGUUUGUAUAGAGGAACAUUAUGCGUGCAUUGGACACAAGAAAAUGAAAGAUCUGCCAUGUGUCAUUUGAAACUGGAACAGUGCAAUUCAAUAUUACAGUGGACAAGACCUGGAGAUUAUCUGAUCACACCACCAUCAUCACCGUCUUCUCCUACGCCAGCAAACAAAUACCAAAGAACGGGAAAUAUGCUCCAAGAUGGAUUAGAGGAGGGAUACAUUGAUUUGACUUUUGCGAAAGAUGUCUUCAUGGGAUGUGAAGAGGUUGAUUUGCACACUGUAUCCCGCCGCCAUACUCUCAGUGAUUUACAUCGGACAGAUCAUUGUUUUUCCAUUCUUUAUGGCGCUAAUAUCGCUGAAAACAAACUGGUGCAUUUUGUAGCACCAAAGUGCAUAUCAGCAUUGUGGUAUCACGGAUUAAAGAAACUUAUAAAGGCCAAUCUGAAUCAACAAAAGCACUUUGCUGAUCGGAGAAUACAGUGGCUGCAGAAGGAAUAUCUGAGAUUAUUUUAUGACAGUGGUGGAAACAUUGGUCCUAAUCCUACUGAUGCAAUAAAGGAUGAAGAUAAACAUUUCAAAAGAAGUGAGAGCAUGAGGAUUAUCAAGACGAGUGCUGUUCAACUCAAAGCUGCGAUGGACAAGUCACAUGGUACUCAUAACGACGGGAUUUUGAAACGGAGAUGUUCCACAGCAAGUCUUGGAAACAAAGAUAGUGUAUUGAAAGGCUCUGGAGGUGACAGAAGACGUAGCUUUACAUUUAGUUGGUAUGGCCGAGAUAAAACUGGGAAAGUGAGGAAUACUAUUGAUAAUAAACCACCAGCACCACCUAUCACAAUGAAUACAAACAUGUCAUUUCUUGAAUUUGUAGAACUCUUCAAGUCAUUCAGUCUCAGAUGUAGAAAAGAUUUGAAAGAUUUAUUUGAGAAGAUUGCAGUCCCAACUAGUACUAUAAAAGAUGUUGCUGCAAAGCUGCUUGCAUCUAACAAUGGUUCCAGUGAAGAUUUUACUGUCAUCUCAAAAGAGAGUCUUACAAGAAACACUGCCCAAGAUAAGUUAUACGAGAGUAAUAGACGUGUUACUGAUGCUAUUGCUGCAUCUAGUGUUGCUAAUAAUAGUACUGGGGUAGAGACGAUAUCAUUUACACCGUAUGUAGUUGGAGUUAAUCAACUUGUGGAUUUUAUGCUCAAUGAACAAGGUGAAGAUAUAACAGAGACUAGUGCUAUUGAAAUCAUACAGAGACAUGAACCUAAAGUAUCACUGCGGGAACAGAACUAUUUGUCUUUUGAAGGCUUUGCAAGAUUUAUGAUGGAUAAAAUUAACUAUGGGUUUGUAAAUGAAGAGACUCCUAUUAAAUUACAGGAGCUGCACCACCCACUGUCGCAUUAUCUGAUCGAAAGCUCUCAUAAUACCUACUUGACUGGGCAUCAGCUUAGAGGAGAAUCAUCAGUAGAGAUAUAUGCUCAGAUUCUUCUGACAGGUUGUCGAUGUGUUGAACUUGAUUGUUGGGAUGGUGACGAUGGCUGGCCUAUAAUUUAUCAUGGACACACGCUAACAACAAAAAUCUCAUUUAAGGAGGUGGUUGAGGCUAUAGAUAGAGCAGCAUUUGUCACGUCUGACUAUCCCAUUAUUCUCUCCAUUGAAAAUCAUUGUUCCAUCCCUCAACAAACAAAGAUGGCUCAGAUAUUCAAUAAUGUAUUUGGUGAUAAACUGGUGAAAGAUUUCAUUUUUGAUUCGGACAUCAGUGAUAAUCCACAGCUGCCAUCUCCAGAGCAACUAAAAUGGAAGAUUUUAAUCAAGAAUAAGAAAUUACGAGCUUAUCAAACUCCUCUUCAUAUCCUAAAACACAGGGUAAUAAAUAUGAUGAACCAACAGAAACUAAAUAAUGUUACAAGCAAUGUCACUGGUACAACAGCAUUACAAGAACAGUCUGAUGAAGAUGAUGAUGAAGAGUUUGAAGAAGAUGAAACUGUACCCUUUGAUGAUACUUUUCAUAUGACGACUGUGGUUGGUAAUCCUGCUGAUGGUGAUAGUGGCUUGCCGACAACCACGCAUUUCAUGAACGGUGGACAUGAGAUGGUGAAGAGAAGCCCAUCAAGUGACGACAAGAAAUACCCUCUUAGAAGAACACCCAGCUCAAAAUUCAGCCCCAGCACACUUCCUGUUUAUGGAGAAGAUAUGUUUCUAAUGCCACCUAAGAGUACAAAAAAGGAAACAAGUCAGAUUGCCAAAGAAUUAUCAGAUCUGGUUAUCUACUGCCAAGCUGUUAAAUUUCCUGGGUUUGCAGUUCCUGAGGAAGGUACAGGCACUAUAAAACAGAAAAAUCCCACCAAAAAGGCCCUACGUCAGCUGUCGUCAUCUGGUGCAAGCUCACAGAAUUUAAGCAGUUUAGCAUCAUCACAACCAGUCACUGAGUCUGAUGGGAGCCCAAAAUCAAAAGAUCUAGGACUAGGACAUGAAAGUAAACAAGCAGCUCAACAACAAGAUACAUUUUCAAGGUUUAUGCAGACACCUAAAUGUUACCACAUCUCAUCAGUGAAUGAGACUGGUCUCAAGAAACUUUUCAGAAAGUUUUCUUAUAAAUUACCCAAGCAUACCGAAUAUCAAUUGAUGAGAACUUAUCCCGCUGGUAUGAGAAUAGACUCCUCAAACUAUUGUCCUAUUAUUUAUUGGUCAUUUGGUAUACAGCUUGUAUCAUUGAAUUAUCAAACUGAAGACCUAAAUAUGGCUUUGAACAGUGCUUUAUUUGAACAAACACAAAGAUGUGGAUAUGUACUGAAACCUUCUUAUCAAAUUGACAAGUCACACUUGCUGUUUAACAAGUUUAAUGCUUAUGAGAAGGACUUUGAAGAUAUGAACCUCUGGGCUGUAAAUCUCACAGUUAUCUCUGGUCAGUGGGUGUGUCCAAAUAAUCACACUGGUAGCCCAAGUGUUGAAGUAGAGAUACUGGGAAUUCCUGUAGACUGUGCUCGAGGAAAGACUAAAGUAAUACACAGAAACGCUGUAAACCCUAUAUGGAAUGAAGCAUUUACAUUUCAGGUUGUGCUUCAUGAUCUUGCAUUUGUUAGAUUCUCAGUCACUGAUACAAGCGGCUCUGGUCUAACAGCUCACAGAGUAAUUCCUUUGAAAGCUCUCAAAACAGGAUACCGACAUAUAAGGCUGCGCACACCUCAGAAUUGCCCGUUAGAACUGGCGACAUUGUUUAUAUGCACCAAGAUUGAAGAACAACAGUCACAAUGCCUGGGCUGGAAUAAUUUAGAUACUGAGGAUCAAAAGCAGAUGAAGGCAAAUAUUAUGUAUUAUAAUAUUGGGAAAGAUAAAGAUAAUAAAAUGGAUUUCAGUGAGCUUAAGGGACACGCUGAUGUCAAAUACCAGCUUAAGGGACACGCUGAUGUAAAAUACCAGCUUAAGGGACACGCUGAUGUAAAAUACCAGCUUAAGGGACACGCUGAUGUAAAAUACCAGCUUAAGGGACACGCUGAUGUAAAAUACCAGCUUAAGGGACACGCUGAUGUAAAAUACCAGCUUAAGGGACACGCUGAUGUCAAAUACCAGCUUAAGGGACACGCUGAUGUAAAAUACCAGCUUAAGGGACACGCUGAUGUAAAAUACCAGCUUAAGGGACACGCUGAUGUAAAAUACCAGCUUAAGGGACACGCUGAUGUAAAAUACCAGCUUAAGGGACACGCUGAUGUCAAAUACCAGCUUAAGGGACACGCUGAUGUCAAAUACCAGCUUAAGGGACACGCUGAUGUCAAAUACCAGCUUAAGGGACACGCUGAUGUAAAAUACCAGCUUAAGGGACAUGCUGAUGUUUUUGGGGAUAGCAAACUGAAAAGAAGGACAUUCAAUGUUAUAGUUUUCGGUGUGGUUCUUUCGGAAUCAUGUACCAGUUUGAAGGUCACCCAAGAUACAAAUACAAGAGAAUGUAUUGCUCAGGCACUAGGAAAAUCUGGCAAAUCAUUGGAUGAAAUAAAUGAUUAUGUGAUUGUGGAAGAAGUACAGGAAGGCUGGGGUAAUGAAAAAUCACAAAAUAAGAUCCAAAGAGUGUUGGAAAAAGAUGAAAAAAUACUAGAAACCCAGGCCAAAUGGAAAGGAAGUGGAAGGUUUCUAUUCAAACAUAGUGCAGAUAAGGAUUCUGGUGUUGGUGAUAUGACAGAUGUUGAUGAUCAGACAUUUCUCGUCUGUGUUUAUAAUGUAUCCAAAGAACAACCAUAUACUAUAUUCCGAGCUCUGGUUUCAAGUACUGCACAGGACAUUAUAGCACAGUCGAUGGCUAAGGCAAGGCGCUUUGGAGAAGAUCCAAGGGAAUUCGUCCUAGUUGAACAUUUGACAAAUGGGAUGUCUGCAGACAAUCAAAGUGUUGUGAAAAAAAGCAGUAGUGGAAGUGGACAUUCAUCAAAAAGAGUUAUGGGGGAUAUGGAAAAUGUUUUCCACUCACAGAGUUUGUGGAAAUCUACUGGAAAACUGUAUAUCCGAGAGAGAGAACAGGAAAAACGAGUCAGUUCAUUUUCCUUGAAGCGAUUGACAUCUGUUAAAAAACCUACAUUUGCUGUGUAUAAUACUCCAAGACAAAGUUCUUCCUUACAAGGUUAG